AGCAUUGUCCGCCAGCACGCCUCUGAGUUUGCUUGCUGGAUCGUCAUCGGAGGCCGCGUACUUGACGCGACCGCCUACCUCGGUCACCACCCUGGCGGCGGCACGAUCAUCCAGAAGCUUGCCGGCCGAGACGCGACGAGAGCGUACGAAAAUGCGCGCCACUCUCGAGCUGCCGAUCUGAAGCUUCGUGACUAUGACAUCGGCGCUCUCGGCGAUCUGAAGCGG